GAACAGCUGGGCAACUCUGUCGCCUCAAAGUCCAGCAGUCCUGCCCAAGAUUUCAACACUGUCUCUGUCUGUCUCCCUCUCUCUCUCUCUCUCUCUCUCUCUCUCUCUCUCUCUCUCUCUCUCUAUAUAUAUAUAUUAAAACCCUUCGGAGCAAGAACACUGCAGAUGCCCCUUAAACCCCAAUCGCCGUCGUGUGAUCCGAAUUCUUAUUAUAUCGAGAAACGCAUCGCUGUUCGUAGCUGUUGCAUUCGGACAUGGAGCUUCAAUUGGGUCUCGCCCUCCCGAGCGUUUCGACGAAGGGGUUCGACCUGAAUUGCCGAAUCCACGAGCCCGUAGGGGCAGUGGGGUCGGACCCAUGGAUGAACACCCGCGCCGGCUCCUGUUUGGCUGCCGAGAAAAAGCGCAGCUUUGACGAAGCUUUUGGGCAGAGCAUUGCCCUGUCUCCUUCUGCUCUGCCUCUGCUGCUCUGGAUCGAGCAGCCCAACGGAGAAGACAACGACGAUCCAUUUCGGAUUGGGAAUAAGAACCCUUUUCCCUUUAAACACAAAAAUGGUGGAGAUGGGGUUGUGGGUUGGCCGCCGGUUAAAUCCUGGAGGAAGAAGGGGACUGGUACAGGCGGCGGCGGCGGCUCCGGCGGAGGAGGAGGAGGAGGGACGAAGUCCAUGUACGUGAAGGUGAACAUGGAGGGGGUGGGGCUUACGAGAAAGGUUGACCUGAGCCUCCAUCACUCUUACCAAACUCUCAAAGCCACUCUGGUUGGCAUGUUUGGCAAAUAUGAAGAUGAUGAUCAUCGUUUCAAACUGGCUUACCAAGACAGGGAAGGUGACUGGCUGCUCGCCGGAGACGUACCUUGGAGGACUUUUAUGCGAUCAGUGCAACGUCUAAAAUUAUUGAAGUGCAAUGGUUAAUUAAUUAAAUGGAGGUGCAGAUGCUUAAUUGUUGUAGACUAGUCUCCCUAAGUCAUUAUAUACAUAUGUUUUUCUUAGGUUAAUGUUGAAGUAAUUUUGGAUAUUAGUGUAUGUAGAACAGUGUAUUUUUUUUUUUUUGGAGCAAUAUAUUCAGCACCUAAUAUAUUUAAAUAUA